AUGGCUGGAGAUGAUGAACCAGUUAUUGUUCAAGAGAAUACCAAUCGAGCUGCCAACAUUGGUCAAGAAAUUGACUACAAUCAUCCAUUGUUCUUAUCUCCAUCAGAUGUUAGUGGAAAUCAAAUCAUUUCAUUCCAGCUAACAGGAAGAAAUAAACUUGGAAUGGUAGAUGGAUCUUGUGAUAAAGAAAAAUAUAGUGAAAAUAUGUGGAAUCACUGGGAUCGAGUUGAUGCUAUUGUUCAAUCUUGGUUGAUGAACUCUGUUUCUAAGAGUUUACUAGGGGGCAUUAUGUAUGCAGCCACAACUAAAGCAGUUUGGGAAGAUCUACAAGAAAGGUUCACCAAGGUAGAUGGUUCAAGAACCUUCAAUCUGCAUAAGGAAAUAGCCACUCUAACUCAAGGAGUGAACUCUGUAACAGUCUAUUUCUCCAAACUCAAGACCCUUUGGGAGGAACUUGAGGCUUUGGUACCACCACCUGGUUGUAACUGUGAAAGAUCUAAAGAGUUCAUAGUGCAUUUGCAAAAACUGAAACUAUUUCAGUUUCUAAUGGGGCUGAAUGACACUUAUAAUCAAGCAAGAAGUCAGAUACUACUCAUGAGUCCAUUACCUUCAAUAAAUCAAGCCUAUGCUAUGGUGAUGGGUGAUGAGAGUCAAAAGUCUGUGUCAGCUAUGAAUGGAAUCUUGGGUGCAAAUCCAAUGUCACAUACAGGCAACUAUGAGUCUGCCUUGUACAGCAGAACAAAUGGUAAUCAAAAGUUUACAAGAAAUUCUCAUUUGUAUUGUGAUGUUUGCAAAAUAAGAGGACACAAUAAGGAUAAUUGUUGGAAAAUAGUGGGAUAUCCCCCUGAAUUCAAGUUCAAAAAAAGGAAAUUAUCUAAAGGUGGAAGUGCAGCUUACAAUGUGAGUGCAAAAGAAAACACUCAAAAUGAGGUACUUCAGGCUGGAAAUGAGCAAUCUGAGUUCAAGUAUGGUUCUGAUACGAAUGUGUUCAGUCAUGGAAAAGGUUCAAGUAGCAUGGAUCAAGUUCAAUCCAAACCAAGUCGAGUUGAGGCUAGUCACUUUACACAAGAUCAAUACAAUCAUAUAAUACAGAUGCUAGCACAACACAGUCCUCAAGUCAACUAG